AGGGUGAGUUCGCAGAGACUGCCGCUCUUCUCCGUCCUGCUCUCCUGCUGUCUUUAGGGCCUUAGGCUCUCUGCAUUAAGAAAUGGCCGAGGAGUCCAGCAAAGCCGUUAAGUACUACACCCUGGAAGAAAUCCAGAAGCACAAACACAGCAAGAGCACCUGGCUGAUCAUACACUACAAAGUGUACGAUUUGACCAAAUUUUUGGAGGAGCAUCCUGGUGGGGAGGAAGUCUUAAGGGAACAAGCUGGAGGUGAUGCUACUGAAAACUUUGAGGAUGUUGGACACUCUACAGAUGCUCGAGAAUUGUCCAAAACAUUUAUCAUUGGAGAGCUGCACCCAGAUGACAGAUCAAAGAUAACCAAGCCUGCGGAAAGUAUUAUUACUACCGUUGAUUCUAAUUCCAGCUGGUGGACCAACUGGCUGAUCCCAGCUAUCUCGGCACUGGUUGUAGCCCUGAUGUAUCACCUCUACACUUCGGAAAACUAAACGCAUUCUCAGAAGCCAAUGGAAGAAAAGACUGCUUUGGUCCGGGGAGAAAGAAGCCACCACUCUUAACUUUGACUGACAGAACCCUUCACCUGAAAAUAAUCUGAAUACACCUGUUUUCCUUUCCUCCUACAUUAGACACAAACCAAAACUGUUCCAUUCUUUCAACUACUGAACUUCUAGAGUGUGCCUUCUUAUUCAUCACCUUUGUUCUGAUGUUCCAUCACUACAUCAUUUGCUUAUUGUGGACAAGGUCUUUUAAAACAUACCACCAUGCUGAGCUGUCUGUUGGGUAUAUAAUUGUCUUUCAUGUUUAGAAUCUGAUUACUUGGCGGUCAUUUAAUGCUCUCGUCUUUCAGACCCAAGUUGUCCAAGGUGAGGAGGGGUGUCCUUGGGUCAUUUGUUAUGCUGCUUCAUCUAAUUGAAUGAUCAGAUUUUGCAUGUUUCUAGUGUAGGUUUUUUUUUUUUU